AUGAUAUAUUUUUUUCUUGAAUGGGAUAAAGAACGAAAUUUAUUUCAAGAUUAUAUUAAUUCAUUACGCAAAGAAAUACGUGUUCUUUUACAAGAACAAACUGAUACAAAAUCUCAAAUUAGUAUUAUUAAUGAAUUAACAGAAAAUGUAACUGAUUUAAAUGUUGAUUUACAAAAUCAUAUACUUAUUAAACAACGUUCAGAAAUGUCAAUUAAUAAUUUAGAACAUAAUUGUCAACUUCUUGAUACUGAACAAAAUUUACAACAAGAAUAUUUACAAUUAUUAAAAAAAGAUAAUGAAAAACUUCAAUUAAAAUUAGAAUUAAAUACUUAUAAAUUAGAAAUAAAACGUUUAUAUUCACAUUUUAAUAUAAAUAUCGAUUCAAUUGAACAAUUAAUACCAACUUUAGAAGAUCGAUUAUUACAGACUUCUUCUAUUUCAUCAACAUCAGAACUCAAUAAUGAAUAUGAACAACUUGAAAAGAUUUUGCAAAUCUAA